UGCGGUACAGACCGAACGCGCUUGGAGGCGAUACAGCUGACAGCGAUACCGUGAAUAACGGACAACCCGUGCUACCCCUCCGUCCAAGGACAAGGAUAUUUUGAUCACACGGCGAAGAUCUGAUGGUGUGUCGGAGCCGCGUGCAGAGGGAGGUGACAGAAUACCGUUUAACGGCGCCGAUGGCAUUAACGUUAAUCGUGGUUCUUAAUCUAGCUCAGAUAACGGGUCAGAAUGCGCGUGUGUGAUGCGGCCGAGCGCGCGCGCUGCAGUAUCCGCGCAGAGGCGCGUGAGCCCCCGGCUGCAGGUCGACCGUCGAUCCAGUGUGUUGUUUUGGUGAAUAUGUGUCGAAUUGAAAUGAAAAUGGUGCUGUAAAGAAACAAAGAGGGUGUUUAUAUAUAGUUGUAAUAAAGCAUAUCUGUUUAGGGGUAUUGUUUUGUUGAAAUGAGCCAGCGCAGAAUGUCUGCGUCUCUACAGCGCUUAUAAACGGGUCGGAUAGCCGGUGUGGACCGUUGUCUGUGGUCGAUGAUAAGCCGCAGCCGGUUUAUCUGAGAGUCUGUUAUGCUCGUGUUUCAGUGUGCGUCUGUGUGCUAGACGCGCUGAGGAUGGCAUCCGGUGCUGGCGGGGGGAGGGGCCCCGCACCCGUGAAACCGUUCCCGUACUUGUGUGGGGAGUCUACUCAGGGUUUGAAAUCUAAGAGCCUCCCCGCGCUCAGCGGCAGUCAGGCUCCGGAGCAGGACGCGGAUCAGACUCUGCUCUCUGCCCCGCACUGCUCCCCCGUCAGGACAGAGCGUCGUGAGCCGGAGGGACGCGGCGCUGCUGCGCUCUUGACGCUCCGCCUGCCGCGGCUGGCCGUGAGGCGCUAUGUGGACGGGAUCCUGUCGGACUCGCGCUGCUUUCUGUUCUGCAUGUGUUACCUCACCUUCAUCCAGUCUCUGAUGGUGUCCGGCUAUCUCAGCAGUGUCAUUACCACCAUAGAAAAGCGGUACAGUCUGCGGAGCUCAGAGUCAGGUCUUCUGGUCAGCUGUUUUGACAUCGGUAGUCUCCUCGCUGUGGUGUUCAUCAGCUACUUCGGUGGGCGGGGCCAGAGGCCUCGGUGGUUGGCUGUAGGGGGCAUGUUCAUUGCUGUGGGUGCCGCCUUCUUCUCCCUACCUCACUUCAUCUCUCCGCCAUAUCAGCUGGAGGAGCUGAACAGCACAGUAGGAGGAGAGGGGCUCUGUGCCGGCGGGAGUGGCAGCAGGCAGGAGAGGCCAGCACUGUCCAGGUGCCAGUGGGACCGGGAGGAGAGUGAGCACGCCCUGUACGUGGCGCUGUUCAUCUGCGCUCAGAUCCUCGUGGGAAUGGGAUCGACUCCCAUAUACACCCUUGGACCAACUUACCUGGAUGACAAUGUGAAGAAAGAGAACGCAUCCCUGUACCUGGCUAUCAUGUAUGUAAUGGGAGCUCUUGGACCAGCCGCUGGGUAUCUGCUGGGUGGGAUUCUGAUCGGAUUCUAUGUCGACCCCGGUGCCAUUGUCAAUAUUGAUCAGAGUGACCCACGGUUUGUGGGAAACUGGUGGAGUGGGUUUCUUCUGUGUGCUGUGGCAAUGUUGUUGGUAAUCUUCCCCAUGUUUUCCUUCCCUAAAAAACUUCCUCCACGGCACAAGAAAAGUAAAAGACGUGUAAAAAAGGGCGCAGGUGAUGUCUCCAGCGAUGACGAAAUUAUGAAGGAAAAGAGCCAGGCUGUCUCGUCCUCUAUGGGUUUUGGCAAAAAUAUCAACGAUCUGCCAAAAGCAGCAGUGCGUAUAUUGAGUAACGUGACGUUUUUAUUUGUGAGUUUGUCGUAUACGGCGGAAUGUGCCAUCGUCACAGCCUUCAUCACUUUCAUUCCCAAAUUUAUUGAAUCUCAAUUUGGUGUUCCAGCAUCUAAUGCCAGUAUAUACACAGGUCUGAUCAUCGUACCCAGUGCAGGUGUCGGUAUAGUUUUAGGUGGGUACAUCAUUAAGAAACUGAAGCUUGGUGCAAGAGAAGCAGCAAAGCUGGCCAUGAUCUGCAGUGGCGUGUCUUUGCUCUGCUUUUCCACUCUCUUCAUUGUCGGCUGCGAGAGCAUCAACCUCGGUGGAAUCAAUAUCCCUUACACCACCGGGCCGACGCUGACUCUGUCUCACCGAAACCUGACGGGAAGCUGUAACGUCAACUGUGGCUGCAGGAUUCAUGAGUAUGCGCCUGUCUGUGGCUCUGAUGGCAUCACCUACUUUAACCCAUGUCUGGCUGGUUGCAGCAACAUCGCCAACCAAACCUCAGGAAUCAGAAACUAUUCGGACUGUGCAUGCGUUCAGAGCAGACAGGUGAUCACGCCGUCGGGAGGAAACCAUGAUCUGCAGGUGGUGAUUGUGAAGACGUACCUAAACGAGAACGGUUAUGCACUGGCAGGAAAGUGUGAGCGCACAUGUGGAACGCUCAUCACCUUCCUCAUCUUUCUCUUCAUCGUCAUUCUCAUAACCGCCUGCGCUCAGCCGUCCGUCAUCAUCGUUACGCUCAUGUCAGUGGAGGAAGAGGACAGGCCGUUUGCUCUGGGAAUGCAGUUUGUUCUUCUCAGGACUCUUGAUAGGAUUGGACGGAUUUUAUUGAAUUCAUAAUUUUUUUGACUGUCCAAUAAAGCUGAGCAAAUAUUGAAUAUCCAUCAUAUGUUCAGGAUUGAUUUGCUGGCAAUAUAGGAUUAAGCUGGAUUUUAAUGCUCUUUUUAUUUGGCCAUUACAUUUCCCGAAGACCAUCUCAGAAGACUAUCAUUUCUUGGCUCAUGACUUGGAAGAGUAUUAAAACCAAGAUGUUAUAAUAGCAUCAUAAAAUAUAAGCUGCUUCAUUCAGUGAUUCAAAACUCUGAUUUAAUGAUUCAU